CCUUCGGUGCUGAUCGAUGCAUUAAUCCGUUGACAGAGAUAAUCAUCAGUGUUGGCGGUGUCGGUGCAUUGUCGACGAUAUUUUUGGCACUCAUCAACCCAGGCGAUGAGGUUGUCGUGAUUGAGCCCGCCUUCGAUUGCUAUGCACCCCAAAUAGAGGCAGCGGGUGGCGUCUACGUUGGUGCUCCACUAGUUCCGCCCAAGAAUGCGAAGUGCCGUGUCGAUAGCAGCGAAUUCACGGUCGAUUGGGAGGAGCUGGAAUUGAAGAUCACGAGGAAGACGAAGAUGCUUCUCCUGAACAGUCCCUGCAACCCAGGUGGGAAGGUGUUUACAAAAGAGGAGAUAAAGAAAAUCGCCGACAUCUGCAUUCGCCACAACCUCAUCUGCUUAUCUGACGAAGUCUACGAGUGGCUUGUGUUUCCACCUCACAAACACUACAAGAUUGCCUCUUUCCCCGGCAUGUGGGAACGCACGAUAACCAUGGGCAGUGCCGGCAAGGUGUUCGGUGUGACGGGUUGGAAGAUCGGGUGGACGAUUGGACCGGAGAGAUUCAUCAAUGCUAUGCAGUUAAUUCAGCAGAACACCAUCUACGCGGUGUCCACACCACUGCAGGAGGCUCUCGCACAGACAAUCGAGGAGGUGCUUCCCGACGUACAAACCACGGACCGCUUCUUCCGUAAACUGUCGCUUGAGCUGGCAGAGAAGCGAGACCGCUUUGUGAACGCCCUCGCGUCAGUCGGACUGUGUCCCGUCAUUCCACAGGGUGGCUUUUUCAUGCUUGCCAAUAUCUCCAAUGUUGGUACGUAUUGUCACGCACACACACGCGAUCUGAAGCAAUCAGAUUUCUGUUCUACCUAUGCUUCACAAUGCAAGUAA